CGGAACUCCUGGGAACAGGUAUCCGGGUAUUCUACUGAUACUACAGACGGCUUGUGUCCUGUUUUUAUCUUGCCCCUUUAUCGCAUGUGCUCUCAGUGAAGAGCUUUGAUCGAACCUGUUCUUGGGCCAGUCACUCCGCUGGAAUUGCCUCCCAAGUUUCAUAUUCUUCGCACUGUCCAUCCCAUUCUCUACCUGUAUUUGAACUCCGCAGACCAAGAGGAAUCCUGCGCUCUGCCUUCAGAGUGAUCUUACCCCCGGAUUGGAUUGGUGAAGACUUUGUUUUCUUUGAAGCCCUGUUCGCUUCGGAUUGUACGUAUAUUCGAGUUCUUUCUUCCUUUGUGUCUUUGUGCUCCCGAGAGUCUUAGCAGUUUCAGCACAGUUCGAGGGUACCUGGUGUUACUACCCGACUACUCGACUUUUUUUUGCUGGUCGAAGAUAAUGACAAUCGUCUUGCUAAUUCAUGGCUUACGCCUGCAGACAUGUACUUGCACUGAUUCCCGAGAACUUGAAGACAAAGAAAAAAGAAGACAAGAACUGUAUAUUGACAAGAAAAUCAAGCACUCCAUUCUUGCUUUUGGAACCUCGAGCUCUACCUAGUCAAGAUGGCUACUGAGGAUGAUAACUUCGAUAUUGACAUCUAUGGAGAUGGUAGUGGCUACAACGCCAAUGAUCAAGGCGACUUCAAACAGGACCAUGACAUGAAGCAGGAAGACACAGAUCUCAUUCUCGAUGCGUCCGAUAACGCUCAAAACAGUGGCAACUCCACAGACUCCGGCACUAUUCAGCAACAACCCAACGUCACAACAAAUGGCGCGCCUGUAACACAAUCAGACACAAAUAAUCAACAAAUGCAGAAAGACACAACUCCCCAACAGGGUGUGAAACGCAAGGAACUCGACGAACGCCCGGUUGAUCCUGACGCGACGCCUGCGCUACUCAUCUCAGAGUUACACUGGUGGACUACAGAUGAUGAUAUCCGAGGCUGGACACGCGAAGCCGGGUGCGAGGACGAGCUGAAAGAUGUAACUUUCAGCGAACACAAGGUUAAUGGAAAGAGUAAAGGUCAGGCAUUCCUAGAGUUCACAUCUCUCCCCGCCGCAACAGCCACUAAGCACCACAUCGACUCCCUUUCCACUACAGGACAGAGUGGACGCAAGUUCCUAGUCAACUAUACUAGCCCCAUUCCGAAUCCAUUCCGUACACUCCCUAAAGACAACCCCAUGCGCAAGGACAAUGCGCGAACCGGAGGAUUCAAUUCUCCAAACCAGAACAACGCAAAUUUUGGCAUGGGCAACAUGGCCGGAGGGUUCCGUGGAGGUAGAGGAGGGUUCAACAACCGCGGAGGGAUGUCGAACAUGCCCGGCUACGUCAACCGCAAUUUCAAUAACCCCAUGGGCGGUUUCAACAACCCUAUGGUCGGCGCCGGGUUCCAGGGUAAUCAAAUGGCCAUGGGCAACUACGGAUUCGGUGGCCGUGGCGGUAUGAUGGGCGGAAACAUGCGCGGCGGACCAGGCGGAAUGCGUGGCCGUGGCGGCGGCAUGGCUGGCGGACCCAACAUGAUGGGUAUGCCAAACAUGGGUCCAAUGGGUGGCAUGGGCAUGAAUCCGAUGGCUGGAGGUAUGAAUCCAAUGAUGGGCGGGAUAGGAGGGAACAUGGGCAUGCAAGGUGGCUUCCAAGGUCCCAACCAGGGUUUCAAUACCGGCUUCUUUCCUCAGAACCAAGGCGUAGGUGACGGCUCGUGGAAUCCACACGGCACUAAGCGCAGUCGACAGGAAUGAUCGCUUCCAGUUCCGCUUUGACUAAUAUGCACUUUUUGUUUGUUGAAGUCACAGUGUGCUCGUGCAGCUCAUGGCAGGGUUAUGUAUCUCAUCCUUUCUCUUUCUCUCUGAACUGUACUUUUCUUUUUUUUUUCCAAUUUUUUUUUGUUCCUUUAUUUAACUUGGGUCCGUCGGUGUUCUCUCGAUAUUUCUUCUUUUCUUCUCUUUUUACUUUAAACGAUGUUUCAGAGAAAUUGGCUCGUCUUUAUAUGCAUGGGUUGUUCAUCUGUUGCUUUUCUCUUACUUCGGGCAUUGCUCAGGGUGUAUUAAACAAAUCGAUCUCUGUCUU